AUGUCGCCCGCAACUCCUUCACGUGCUGGAGUGGUGACUGACCCGUUGGUCGCUGAAACGGCUAAAAAGAUUGCAGCUGUCAUUAACGACUUCAAGCGUGAGCUAGACAAACGUGACGGUACCUGGGCCAGUGCGCAUGGAAAGUUGGAGCUUGCGCUCGACUCUCAAACAUUCGUACUUACUCUAGUACCUGAUAAGGAUGGCGAGGAGUAUCCCGUCACUGUGCAAGCAAUGCGCAGAUCUUCCGAUGCACCAAAUGACAGCAUACCUUCACUAUCCACCGAUGGCAACUCUGCAUACAAGCCCAUGCGCCGUAACUCGGAGGUGGAGCUCGAGAGAGACCUCAUUUCGAGGAAGAAGCGCAGACUCAACGAAGAUGACGAUAUCUCAAACAAGCGACCGCGCAGUGACGAUGACAACAAAUACAUCAUGCCGCUGAUCAGGAAAGAAGAUCUCGACGAUCUAUUGUCCAAAUUGAGGGACGAUAUACAGGAGGACACGAGCGAAUGUGUCAACCACGUACACCGCCUUCUACGGCGAUUCAAAGACCGACAUGAGAAACGUAAAUUCGACAUCGAUCAAUUGCAAACGCCGCACUCUCAGCCGUCGGUCCGCGAUUCGACACCGAACGGCACGAACCCCGGCGGAUCAUUUCCCAGCCCUAGCGUCGACCGCGACGAUCAAACUUCCUCGAUAGCAGAGGUUGUCAGGCGCGAGGCAAAGCUCAUCUCGACGCAGGUUAAAUGGGUCGAAGAUUGCAGGCGCGUGGCCGCAGAGUUACAUGACAAGCGGGAGGAGACUUGGCGGACAUCUUCCGCGGGAUUUCAUGACCGGCAACGGCAGGACCGCGAGAAUUUCCAGAACAGGAUGUUGCAUGAGUCUGGCAUGCAUUCGCAGACGCUGAAUCAGAUCCUGAAUGAGGUCAAGGCAAUUGGUUUGUAUGCUCAGAGUAUGAAGUGGGAAACGCCAGCCUCACAUCUUGCAUACCCGCUGCCUUCUGUACCUACACCGCCAGCGUUUCCUACACGUCCUGCAUCCUCUGCACCAAGCCCAAGUCCGGGAGCAGGGAGAGGAAGAGGGGCAGGCAUGGCGUCGGUUCAGCAGCCGAAUCAGCAUUGA